GUCACCACAUCAACCUUAACACACCGGUUGUCGCUAUGUCUAUACGGCCUAUGUGCUGUAAAUAAUCUGUUUUCUGUGAUCCGUUUAAGGCAGGAUAUGUAGCUAGGCUAUGUGAAAAUGUAGGACAUCGACCUGCUGCACAAUCUACGAUCGUCGAUCAGGGUGUUCAACGCACCUCCGUUUCAGUUUAAAAAGUCGUGUCGCUACGUUUUGUCGGGGCUGAGUGGCGUAAUUAGACAGUCUGGGUAACAUUUCUCACGGGAAAGAAACAAUGUGUUUGUUCGUUGUUGUUUUUUGCAGUUUGGCUUUAACGUCGGCCGUUAAUCAAACAGAAUCUGAUGUGGACUCCUGGUAUGUUGCUGCUGUGUAUGAGCACAACUUAAUCCUGAACCCGGAGCCUGAUGUCCCCCUGUCCCGCCUCGAUGCCCUGCAGCACAUGCAGAAAAACCUGGAUAUCUACGAGGAGCAGGCUGCCCGGGCUGCUCAGCAGGGUGCCCAGAUCUUGGUGUUUCCAGAAGAUGGUCUUCAUGGUUUUAACUUCAGCCGUUCUUCCAUCUCCGGCUACCUAGAAACCAUUCCUGACCCGCAGCAGGAGAGCUGGAACCCCUGCACAGAGCCAGACAAAUACAACAACACUGAGGUUCUCCAUCAGCUGAGCUGUAUGGCCCGUCGUAACAACCUCUACCUGGUGGCCAACAUGGCUGACCUGCAGCCCUGCCCCCUGAAGACUGACCCCUCCUCCUCCUGUCCCUCUGAUGGACGCUGGCAGUUCAACACCAACGUGGUUUUCAGGUCAGAUGGUCUGCUGGUGGCUCGCUACCAUAAACACAACCUCUACUUUGAGGAGGCCUUCGAUACGCCGCUGCAACCUGAGAUCAUAACGUUUGAUACACCUUUUGCUGGAAGGUUUGGCCUUAUGAUCUGCUUUGACAUCCUGUUCCACAAGCCCACAGUUGCCCUGGUGGAGAAGGGUGUGCGUCAGCUGAUCUACCCUACAGCUUGGAUGAACCAGCUCCCCCUUCUGGACACGAUCCAGUUCCAGCAGGCAUUCAGCUUAGGUGCCAAUGUCACCCUGCUAGCGGCCAACAUUCGUAACGACCAAUAUAACAUGAGAGGAAGUGGUAUCUACACCCCUUUUUCUGCCACCUACCACCACGCCCAGAAAGGAGACCCAGAGGAGGGCAGGCUGCUGGUGGCCAGGGUGCCGGUCUUAGACCCACUGUGGGUGGGGCAGAGUGUAACCACAGAGGAGGGGUUAGUUAGGAGUGAGUCCACAUCAUCUACAGCUACAGACACUGGAUUCUGUCACCAAGAGAGCUGUUCUGAUUCUCCCCCUCCUGAAACUGCUUCAUCAGUUCCUCCCUCCUCUGCCACCUUCAUCUCAUCUAUGAUGUACGAUCCCUUUACAUUUGUCCUCUUGAAUGAAACAGAGGGCAAAGUGAAUGUGUGUAAUGGCACCUUUUGCUGUCACCUGCAGUACUGGCGGUUACCACAGGGCAGCAGUAAAGAGCUCUACGCAUUGGGAGCAUUUGCUGGAACACACACUGUGAACGGACGCUACGGCCUCCAGGUGUGUGCGCUAGUCCGCUGUGCAGGGUUGGACGUCAGUUCCUGUGGACAGGAAGUGGAAGAGGCUGAGUCUAAAAUGGACUUUGUGUUGGAGGGGAAGUUUGGGACCAGAUAUGUGUACCCAUCAGUUUUGGCUAGCAAGAUGGUCCUGGAGCAACCAGAGCAUCUGGAAACAGCUGCAGAUGGCAGAGUGACCAUGAAACACUCAAACAUGACUGGUGGCCUGGUCACUGCCUGUCUGUACGGACGAAUGUAUCACCUGGACAAUGAAUGAACUGCUUUGGAGUAUAUAGGUGUAUCAGUAGAAAAAUAUCAAAUACAUUUUUAAAACUGAAAAAAAUCUAAUGUUCUGACCAAGAGUGGGUAUGUUGUUACACAUUUGUCUUUUGUCAUAUACGUUACCAGUGUGCGUGAGUGACAGCCAUCCAUGUCUGCUAUGAUAGCCUGAAGAAGAACUCUGAAUUACAUCUAAAUAUAUCUGUUUAAUGAACUUCCUGACUGCCAGUGGCAGUAACAAAGUGUAUGUGUUGAAUGUCAAUCACAUUCUGUUUCCAUCACAGUUCUCACUUGGAUUACCUGGCUACUAGUCUUCAUCAAAGGAAUUACAUUUCCAGAAUAAUUGCCUGAGCCAUGUGCCGGAUGACCCUCACCUCCACUCUCUGUGUGUUGCCGUUCACAAAAUCCCUUCAAUCCGGGAAACAACAAACUUCGAGCUAGCAAGUUACAUGCUGAAAAUGGCAACUUUUGAAGAAAAUUUGG